AUGUGUGUGUGUGUUAGAAUACAAAUAAUUUAUUGUCGGAGAUUUUUAGGAGACUUAUUUGAAUUUAAAAAUUACACAGAAUUUAAAUUCAACUGACAGUUGAGCUGACCUAAGCAGAUGAUCUCAGACUGCCAACAAGGACUAGUUUUUAUUCAAGUGUCAAUCUCAGAGUGACUGAGUAAGGAGAGCGUCCCAGCAAAGAGAGGUCGGUCGGGUCGAGCAGACAGGUCGGGUUGUCAAAGAGACUUGCCGAGGCCUGCGAGUCGCAGUUUCCUUGAAACAGAUUCGCCCAUCUCCGGCUGUGGUUGCUGUGUGUUCUCUGUCUAUGAUCGGAGUUCGGAUCAAUGGCCAGAAUUAAUGAUUUUAAUGGUUAUUAUUAGCCGAGCAAUAAAAUGACCACCGUUUCACUCAAAUGUUGGUUGUUCCACUUGGACAAAUUUUGCCCCGACCGGUCCGACAUUCGUUGCAAAGGUCGUACUCGCACACGAGUGAAUUUAGUUCAAUGUAAUUCGGACCUUAAAUUUGCACCCUCUUAUGCACCCACACGUGAAAGAGAGUUUCUCCUUAUAUAUUUAUUCACAUCCUUAAUAUAUGUGAAUCAAUAUAAACUAACAAAAAUAUCUUAAAAGUUUCAAUAUUAAACUAUAGUCCAUUCACAAUGAAACAUUUUUCCCAUUUCUUCUUAAUUCACUUAUUCAACAUAUUGUUUAUUAAUCUUUCUCUUCGUCUUCAUCUUCGCCCACCAACUCUUUAACUUUUGUUCUCCGAUGCUUGUUAUUUUUGUUUGUUUAUGACCUCUUUACUCAAUUCCUUAUCAUUCCCUUGUUUCUCCUCUUCUUCCUUCCGCCAUUGACGAAGCUUCAACAAGGAGGCAACCGGAGGCGAGGCGGCGAUGCCAUCUCCGCCCUAAAGUUUUCAUCUUGCGCUCGAUUUGAUCUAAAAGGAGUUGACUUGCCGCCGUCGCAAGCAAGAUCGAACCAUUAAGAAUGCCGGCGACGGCGAAGUUUGCUCCUGUAAAGGAGUCGCCGUCGGCGGAGUGGGAGGUCCGACCUUGCGGGAUGGUCGUCCAGACGCCGUACGCUGCUGCCUCGUCGGCGGCGGCUGCCGCCGCCGUUCCUCCCGUCCCCAACAUCCGCGUCAAGGUCAAGCACGGCGCCGCCCGCCUCGACAUCUACAUCAGUUCCCAGGCCUCCUUCGGCGAGCUGAAGAAGGCGCUGUCGGCUCAGACGGGGCUCCACCCGCUCGACAUGAAGCUUAUCUACAAGGACCGGCCGCGCCCGUCGACGGCGUUCCUCGACGUCGCCGGCGUGAGGGACAGGUCGACGGUGGUGCUGGAAGAAGACCCCACAGCGCGCGCCAAACGCCUGCUCGAGAUGCGCAAGGCCAACACGAUGGAGAAGGCCGCCAAGUCCGUCUCCGCCAUUGCCCUCGAGGCCGAUCGCCUCGCCUCCAAAGUGUCGGCGCUGGAGGCGAUCGCCAAGAACGGGGGCAGGGUCGCCGACAACGACGUCAACAGCCUCACUGAAUCUCUGAUGAACGUGCUGGUGAAGCUGGACGCCAUUGCCGGCGAUGGAGACGCGAAAUCCGACAGGAGAUUGCUGAUGAAGAGAGUGCAGAAAUUUGUGGAAACACUCGAUUCGAUCAAAUUGAAGAACAAGAACAACUCGAUUGAACAAUUGCACAAACAAGAACAUCGAAACAAGCAUUCAUCUCAGCAUCCAAUGCUGCCCAAGGCGCCGGUGGUGAUGACAAUGAACUGGGAAACGUUCGAUUCCCUCUCGACGCCGUCGGCCUCCACCGUCACCGUCACCGCCGCCGCCACCUCCUCCGCGCCGCCCAAUCCUCACGCGAGCCUCAACUGGGAGCUUUUCUGAGCUCAACUUGCAUUGCCAUUGAAGUGACCUGCCAUGGAAACAAUGAUCGAUGUGUGUGAUUGCAUUUUGUUGCUGCUCUUUCAAUUCUGUUUAGAUGAUGAUAUAUAUAUAUAUAUAUAUACUUUUAUCGACUUCUUUAUCGAAAAUUCUUUUGUGUAUAAUAAACUCUCAGUAAUCAUGUCCGAUCUGCCAUAGCAACUAA